AUGGGUUCUACGACCACUUCUCCAGAGGCAAGUCCGACAAGGUCUGACAAGUCAAAAAGACCUGGAAGUGAAAUUUACGUUCCCAAACAGAGGCGUAGUCUGACUGGUGAGGAGCCAUUUCCGGAUUCCAAAGAUAACGUCAAUAAUGAUAGUCUCGAGAAUCAAGACAAUACGGUCACUAGGAAAGGUCGGGGGAAAUUUUGUGGUCCUGGUGGUGACAAUCAGCAAGACCAGCAACAAUCCCCUCGUACUCCAAGAGGUCGCGACUUCGACGCUACUUCCUUACGGCAAUAUCCACUAAAAGCAGGAGAUAAAACACCAAAUAACGGUCAUGCUAGGAGAAAGUCAAAGUCAGAUGCCAAAAAUAAUAAUGGGCUUCAAGGUUCUGAGAGUGGUGGAUCUGGUAGUGACAAUAAUGCGUCCGAUGACGUAUCUAAAAUUGCCAAUUCUCUCGAAAACAUCAAUAUUGGUGACAACGAGGGUGAAUUAAAACCUGUUCCUCAACCCGAUGAUACACCAUCUUCAGCUCCACGAGAACAUCUGAGGCAAGGCAGUGAAGAGUGGGAAAAGUGUGCAGACGGUGAGGUGAAAAACAAGAGUAGUGUUACUAGUCCUAUUAGUCCUGUAGAAGUCGUCACAAACCCAUUUGACUGGCAGGCAAACAGACAGAAAGCGGAAGGUCAAAAAAAUGAUAAUAAUAGGACGGGCUUCAAAAAGAGUCAUAAAAAAAACAAGAGUAGCAAAAUUGAAUUCAAUUUUGAUCCAGAUGCCUUCGAAGGAUCAACUCGUAUUCUUGACGUGCUUGAUUUUCCCGCAUCUUUCAAAACACAUAAUCUUCACGAGAUUUUUCAAGAAUACGAAAAUAUGCGUGGUGGUUAUCAUAUCAAAUGGAUGGAGGAUACACGCGCUCUGAUUGUCUUUGAGCAUCCAGCCACAGCGCGAAAAGCAUAUUUAGACAAUGUUAGCAAUCAACUUGCCACCAUCAAACCAUAUGACGGUCCUACAGAUUUUCUUCAAAAGUCAACAACUGAUAUGGUCGCAAAACGUCUUGUUCAUGGCGCUCUUGGCGUUCGUGUCGCGAGGUCCCCUGAACAGCGUCAAGCAGAAAACCAGAUUCUCAGGUCUGCCAGAGGUAACUCACCUUUCUCAAUUAACUAA